AUGUCAGUAGUUUGUUCAUCCGUCCAUGCCAAAUGGAUCGUGGGGAAGGUGAUUGGAACAGCAAUGCAAAAAACAGCUAAAGUGAGAGUGACCAGGCUUGUUUUGGACCCCUAUUUAUUAAAGUAUUUUAAUAAGCGUAAAACCUACUUUGCUCACGAUGCUCUUCAGCAGUGCAUAGUUGGGGAUAUUGUGCUUCUCAAAGCUCUACCUGUUCCACGAACAAAGCACGUGAAACAUGAACUGGCUGAGAUCAUUUUCAAAGUUGGACAGGUUAUAGACCCAGUGACUGGAAAACCCUGUGCAGGAACUACCUACCUGGAAAGCCCAGUCAGCUUGGAAACCACCUGCCUAACCAAAAAUCUGGAAGAACUCAAUAGCUCUUCAGCACAGUGA